CUGUAGUGCUGUGUCUGGAUGUGGGCCUUACGAUGGGCAACGCUGCUCCUGGAGAGGAGUCUCCACUGGAACAAGCCAAAAAGGUUAUGACAAAGUUUUUGCAGCGACAGGUUUUUGCUGAAAGUAAAGAUGAAGUUGCUGUAGUUUUGUUUGGCACAGAUGGUACUAGGAAUGUUCUUGCUAGUGGGGAUCAAUAUCAGAACAUUACUGUACACAGAUCACUGAUGCUGCCAGAUUUUGAUUUGCUGGAGGAUAUUCAAACUGUGAUUCAACCAGGCUCUGAACAAGCAGACUUUCUGGAUGCAAUUAUUGUAUGCAUGGACUUGCUUCAGAAGGAAACAAUAGGGAAGAAAUACGAGAAGGUGCACAUUGAACUGUUUACAGACCUUAGCAGUCCUGUCAGUGAGGAUCAACUGGAAAUUAUCAUCGAUAACUUGAAGAAAACAGGAAUUCUGCUUCAGUUUUUCCUGCCAUUUCCAGUGGAUGCUGAUGAUGAAGGUGGAGAUACUGAUGCACAUUCUCAUUUGCACAAAAACUCUUUUGCAAGAAAGGACAUAACUGAGCAACAGAAAGAAGGAAUCCACGUGGUGAAGAAAUUGAUGCAUGCUUUGGAUGAAGGAGGAGGCCUGGAAGAAAUUUACACUUUCAGAGAAAGCCUGGAGCGUCUUUCGAUGUUUAAGAAAAUGGAAAGAAGACCUAUGCCUUGGCCCUGCCAGUUAACCAUUGGUUCUGAUCUGUCUAUAAGGAUCGUGGCCUACAAAUCUCUUUCAGAAGAGAGGGUGAAAAAAACUUGGACAGUGGUAGAUGCUAAAACUCUCAGAAAAGAAGAUGUGCAAAGAGAAACUGUUUACUGCUUAAAUGAUGAUGACGAGACAGAAAUUCAGAAGGAUGAUACUAUUCAAGGGUUUCGCUAUGGGAGUGAUAUAGUUCCUUUUUCCAAAAUAGAUGAAGAUCAAAUGAAAUACAAAACUGAAGCAAAAUGUUUUUCUGUUUUGGGAUUCACUAGAUCCUCUCAGGUCCAGAGGCAGUACUACAUGGGCAACCAGGUUCUCAAGGUCUUUGCAGCAAAAGAUGAUGAGGUUGCAGCAGUUGCUUUUUCUGCCCUUAUCCAUGCACUGGAUGAGUUGAAAGUAGUGGCUAUAGUGCGUUAUGUUUAUGAUAGAAGAUGUAACCCACAGAUUGGUGUAGCCUUUCCAUAUAUUAAGGAUACAUAUGAGUGUCUCAUCUACGUGCAACUGCCCUUCACAGAAGACUUAAGACAGUACAUGUUUUCUUCCUUGAAAAACAACAAAAAAUAUAUUCCUACAGAGGAUCAACUAUCUGCAGUUGACUCGCUGAUUGAUUCUAUGAAUUUAGUUUAUGAAGAUGAAGAUGGAGAAAGUUUUGAGGACCUCUUUAAGCCCAGCAAAAUCCCAAACCCUCAUUUUCAGAGAUUGUACCAGUGUUUGCAGCAUAAGGCUUUUUACCCUGAUAAGCCGUUGCCACCGAUUGAACCGCACCUGCUGGAGAUGCUGGAGACUCCCUGUGUGGUAAAAGAAAGAUGCCAGGUUCCUCUUGAAAAAAUCAAAGCACUCUUCCCCCUAAAGGAUGUUGGCAAGAAGAAAGAAGACAAGACAGCUCAAGACAUCUUCAAGGACAACAAAGAAGAUGGACCAAGCCCCAAGAAGCUAAAAGUUGAGGAUGAGGAAGGUGGAUUUAGCAUCGUAAGCAUUGCUGAAGGCAAUGUCACCUCUGUUGGAAGUGUUAAUCCAGCAAAAGAUUUCCAAAUUCUGGUGAGGCAGAGGAAUGCUGACUUCAAGCAAGUGAGUCAACAGCUGAUAAACCGUAUUGAUCAGUUUUUGGAAAAUAGAGGUUUGCAGUACUACAUGAAAGGCAUCAAUUGUAUCAAAGUUUUUAGAGAAGAAGCUAUAAAGCUGUUCCAGGUACACUGCUUUAAUGAUUUUCUGCAGGACCUGAAGUCAAAGGUGGAAGAUAAAGUCUUACCUGAUUUCUGGGAGAUAGUGAUGCAGGACAGAAUUUCUUUGAUCACUAAAGAUGAAGCAGAGGGAAGUUUGGUGACUAGAGAAGAAGCUGAAAAGUUCUUGGCCCCAAAAGAAAAGCAAAAGGAAACUCCACCUGCCACAGAUGAAGGUGGUGACGUUGAUGAUUUGCUGGACAUGAUGUGACGGAGCACUACCAGGUGACCAUACUGGUGAAGGUUUGGAAGAGAUCUCCCUGUGACAUGGGGCACAAAACAAGAUGCCAAGGAGAAGCAGUGUAUCCAUCUUUAUUCUUUCAAGUGAGAACAGAAGUCCCAGAGACAUUUCCUAUUGGUUUAAAUGUCAUCGGUUUCUUCAAAACUAGAACAGAAGAUCGAAAUAAUCUGAAGUAUUUCUGG